UUGAACUCCUACAGUCCUACUCACUACUCCGUUUUGUCUUCACUUUGAAGGGUUGGGUUGGGGUUGGACCAAGGCAGAGGAAAGAAAACAAAGCAGCAGCGGCACCAGGAGGUAUGGCGAGCGAUAGCUGCCUUCGUCGGGUCACCACGGGCGUUGUCGUCGGCGGUGCUGUUGGUGGCGCUGUCGGUGCUGUUUAUGGGACUUAUGAAGCAAUUCGAUACAAGGUCCCAGGGCUUUUGAAGAUUAGGUAUAUUGGCCAAACCACACUAGGCAGUGCAGCCAUUUUUGGUCUUUUCCUGGGAGCUGGAAGCUUGAUACAUUGCGGGAAGUCUUACUGAAUUCCAAUGUAUCAAAUUAGUAAAAUGUUCUUUGGAGGAAAUUAUCAGUUAGAGAAUUGGUGUUGCAGCUAGGCCUUCUAACCAAAAAAUAUAUGGAGGCUAAGAUGUGGAGUAGAUCUUUUCUUCGUGGAAGGUUGUUUCUUUUCUUUUCUUUAUUUUUCUUUUCGGGAUCAGGAAUACUUCAUGGAAGUGAGCCUUAUAUAAUGCAAUUUUCUGCUUCCAUGUUUUUGUUCAUGGCUAGGCAGGCUGUGCUAUAUAUCAUUUUAUCAUUUGAUGAUUGCCCUUUGAUUUUGUAUCUGGAUGGAUUCUUAUCUUAAGAGUACAAAAUCAUGGUUUUGGCCUCUUCUAA